AUGAAUGUAGCGAUGAGUAAAUGGGAAACCGAUUCCGUAGACGCAUUGGUUCAAUACAAAGCGGGAACUGGUGCUCACGUUAACGUUUCUAUUGGCCUUGAUAUAGGACUCAGGGGAAUACCCGAAAAGCAACUGGGAGAAACUAUUAAUUAUAACGAACAUUAUUCAUGGGAAUGGAGUCAGGGAAGGGUUGGUUUCGGGCCUCAAGCCGGUAUAUUCCACCAGCAAUACCGUUAUUCCCAAUAUAAAGGGCUCCCGAAUGCGAUUCUAUGGGUUGCCGAGCUAUCGGUGCCACUGUUUGUAUUGUCACUCAUACUCUUCCAAAUGGUCAUACAAUACGGCGCUCUCUUUCUGCUGAUGACGGGUUCGUGUCUUAUAAGCGCUAAUAUUCUCUAUUCGAUGCUUAGAAACCCAAUUCCUCUAAGAAUUCCAUUCGAGCACUACAUCAGUGGACAGACUGUAUUCCUGGCCCCACACUACUCGUUGUGCUAUUAUUUGAAUCUUAUAAAUGGAAUAUUCUGUCUAUUUCUUGGAGUCAUUGCAUUUUUCUCGGACUUGAGAUUUCCUGACGAAACCGCAGAAUUUUUUGGCAUUGAUGUGCUCCAGAGUUAUGAAGACUAUUUCGCAGACGUAAAAGACGUGCCAAAUAUUAGAGUAAAACCAAAUCACACUAAAGACAAGGAUUUAAUCGAGCAAAACGUGAGUCGAGUCUACGCGGGUCUUCGCAAACGAAAUCUUUCCAAUCGUUUCUCUCGUCUCCAAAAAUCAUGGGUCAGGAAGAAGCCGAUCACUAAUCCCAGGAAUAUCGCCACCAAUACUAAUGCUACCGACGCUCACAAGUCAGAGCCAAUCGAGGAAACACCUCUUUAUGAGAAUUUCCAACAUUUUGAGCCAAUUAUCGAAACCGAAGAAAAUCAAUCUUACAGAAUACAGAAUAUUCUGGAGAUAGUGGUGAAUGUGUUGAGUGGUGUCCGUGAGAUGUCGUGA